AUGAAGAUAAACACGAUGAAGAGUCACUCUCUGGAUACCACUGGUGCUGCGGCUGAAGCAGUCUCAGACCUUUUGGAAGAGAAAGUUGAGCACGUCACCGACAAUCGUCUUCUUCAGACAAAAGUGGAUAGCUUAGAGAAGAGGUGCGCCGCACUCCAGCAAGCGAUUGCAGAAGAGGCUCCAAUAGGAGAUCCUGUAUGGGUGAAAGCGGUCUUCGAGAGAGUGUAUGGAAAACACACUGUACAGUUUGACCAAGAAAAUGCCCUCUCAUACUUCCGACAGUCGGACAAGAGAAUUGGAGAGAGAGGAUUAGACGAGCUGUAUCACUGGAGAGAUCUUUAUGAUGAUUACUUGCCGGCUGAAGACCGCGAGGUGGACCCAAUGCUACAAGCCACCCGCCGCAGACUUCAGGCAGAACCAGGAGCGGAAGGUAAGAGGAACCUGAACAGCCUCCUAUUAUCACUAGCAUUGAUUUCUGGCUCCCGGAAAGCCAGCUGGUGCGAGCUUAUUGCGCAGAGGCAGUAUAUUGACACGCAGGCAUCUGUGGCAGAAAAGGGUGAUCCAAAAUCGGACUGCAUUACAACGGCGCACUUCAUAGCUGCCGUAGAUCGGGCACAGAAGGUGGUCGAGCGGAUCAGACGUUCGCAUAUACGUGAACUCGACUACUUGCACCAACAGGCACAACUUUUUCAGAAGGGUGGUUUCAGCAUGAACUCUUCCCGACCCGUAACAACAAAGGCGGAGUCGGCAGGCACUCGAACAGAGGAAUUUUAUAACGACCGCGUGCUGGAAUAUCUAUUCUCGGAGGUGGUUUGCAUAUACAAAACGUCCACGGGUAGGCCAGGGUUCAAUAACAAGUGUAUCGCGUUUCUUGAAGUCCUACGCAGGAGCCUCCUUGCUCAGCGAGAAGAGGUUUGUGCCUCCAAGGAGCUGCAAGGAUGGGAAGAGGAAAACAGCGCCAGAGAGUCACUCGAUGAGGCUAAGGCAACAAUUUUUCUAACUGAGCUAGAGAAAGGCGUGGAGAUGCACGUAUUUUCUGCCCACGCGAUUCCUCUGUUUCUGUACUAA